AUGACGUCUGGUGCCGGCAUCGACGGUGGGGUGUCGGGAAUGGCCGGUGGAGGUCGCGGGAUGGGCAGCAUGCUGAACACCAAAGCAGCAGCGAGCGGCAUGGACAUUAACAGUCCGAACUCCUAUAGCAUGGUUCAGGCACAGGGGAUGAUGGGGAUGAUGCCGUAUAUGAUGUCCGGCGGCGGUGCCAGUGGUACCGGCGGUGGCGGCCACGGUGUCAUGGGUAGUGGCCGCAUGGGCACCGGCAGCCCGAACAGCUUCCUCCCUCCUCCCGGCGAGGACACAGAUCAGCAGGAACUGCUGCGGCUGCAACAGACGAACUACCGCGUCAAGAUGCUGCCGCCACCGUUGACGUACGAGGUGCACCGCAAGAUGUGGUCGAGGAACGAGUACGGCGACGAGGACGACAACGACGAGGAUGACGUGCACGGCCACGGCCACGGCGGUGCUGGCGGCAACGUCGAUCAGGAACACGAGAGCAGCGGCGGGGGCAGCAUUGCCAACGAGGACCCCAUCGAUAAAGAGCAGCGUCUGGAGGCGUACAAGCAGAUCAUGCUGCGCUGGUACAGCCACAUCCACGUCCUGGAAGGGAAGCCUGAGGUGGCGAAGCGCCUUGUGCGCGUGCGCCGGGCCUGCCCGAGCAUGGAGGAGGUGGUGUACAGCCUAACGCACCCGCAGCAGCCAGGUGCUGUCCUGGAGAUGGAGACAGGUGGCAAUGAUGAGUCCACCCCGACAGCCGUCCCGCCUCCGCUGACGGCCGCCGCCGCCGCGGCGCGCCGCAGUUCAGAUGGGAUGCCGGAUAUGGAAGAGAUCCUUGCUACGUGGUCUUCCCGCUGCUGGAACUGGUGGCAGGAAACCGUGAAGCGCAAGCCGCGGCGUGCGCGCAAGCAAGGCGAGCUGCCGAUCGCGGGCGGCAACGGCGCUUCGGGCACGAGCAUGACGACGUCGGCGUUGCCGUUGGCCGGCAUGACCAAUGGCAGUGUGAUGCCGCGCAAUCCCUCCUCGCGCAACAUGGACAUGGGAGACUCCGCAGUACCACCCCCGCCACCGCACUUGACCGGCGGCGGAGGCGGUCCCUACACACACCCGAGCACGUACGCGAACCACGACGGCUCCGGGACGGCUGGCGGCAUGCCUGUAGUGUCAUCCUACAAAUCCUUCACCGACCUCUCUGAGGAAGGCAUGGACGGCCCGGCUGCCACAUCGGGGUCCCUCAGCCACUACUCGCAUCACCAUAACGACGGUGGCUCCUUCGCGCCCUCGCAGACCCGGCCAUCGCAUCCGGCACUCCCCCAUGACGCCUCCCCGAUGGCGGCGAUGUUCACCGUGAACGGCCCUCGCACUGCAGCUCUGCGUGGGACGUCCGAAGACUUCUUAGAGAAUGACCACCUCACCCUCGCCUUCACCACGGAGCUGCUCAAGUCUCUGGAGGAGUAG